AUGUAUAGCAUGAUGAUGGAGACCGACCUCCAUUCCCCUGGACCCCAGACCAACACGACGACGGGGCAGACGGGGCCAAACGGUGGGUCGAAAGCCAAUCAGGACCGCGUGAAGAGACCGAUGAACGCGUUCAUGGUGUGGUCCCGCGGGCAGCGGCGGAAGAUGGCACAGGAGAACCCCAAAAUGCACAACUCCGAGAUCAGCAAGCGACUGGGCGCCGAGUGGAAGGUGAUGUCCGAGGCUGAGAAGCGCCCCUUCAUCGACGAGGCGAAGCGGUUGCGCGCCAUGCACAUGAAGGAGCACCCGGAUUACAAGUACCGACCCAGACGGAAGACCAAGACCCUGCUGAAAAAGGACAAAUACUCGUUGGCCGGCGGACUGCUUUCUGGAGCCGGCGGGGGCGGUGGCGUUGGUCUGGGGGUCGGCAUGAGUUCAUCCGGGGUCGGACAGAGGUUAGAGAGCCCCGGGGCCCACGGGGGCUCGGCCGGCACCGGCUACGCGCACAUGAACGGCUGGGCGAACGGCGCGUACUCUGGGCAGGUGGCGGCGGCGGCGGCGGCGGCGGCAAUGAUGCAAGAGGCGCAGCUAGCGUACAGCCAGCACCCGGGGAGCGGGGCGCACCACCACCACCACCACUCCCACCACCACCACUCCCACAACCCGCAGCCCAUGCACCGCUACGACAUGACCGCGCUGCAGUACAGCCCCAUCUCGAACUCUCAGAGCUACAUGAGCGCCUCCCCGUCCGGCUACGGCGGGAUCCCCUACACGCAACACCAAGGCUCCGGCAUCUCCUCCUCCUCCUCCUCCUCCUCCUCGGCCGCCAUGGGCACGUUAGGGUCGCUGGUGAAGUCGGAGCCGAGUGUAAGCCCCCCCGUCAGCAGCCACUCGCGGGGUCCUUGCCCCGGAGACUUGAGAGAGAUGAUUAGCAUGUAUUUACCGACCGGGGAACCGGGGGACCCGUCGGCGCAGGGCCGGCUGCACGCCCUGCCGCAGCAUUACCAGAGCGCCACGGCUGGAGUGAACGGCACGGUCCCCCUAACACACAUCUAA